CAGCGAUCUGCUUAACAAUCUUAAGAUGAACUAUAAGGUUGCACACUUCUACUGACUCUAUCUGGAUGCUGGUGUUACACCAUGUCAUUGUAAGACAAGUCCCACAUGAGCCUCAUGUUUGUAGUGAUGAACACAAAGGUCUUCCGGUGCCUGUGUGACGGGACGGGCGGGGCCGCAGGAACGCGGGAUGCCGCAGCCGGACCUUCCCUCCAUCCAGAGCCGAGCACUGCAGCCUGCAGUCUGGGAGUGAGUGAGAGGCUCCGGUCCAAGUCUCGGCGCAGACAUGCGGGACUACACGGUGACCCCGAGUCACGGAGGCGGCUGCGUCCCCUGCUGUCAAGUCUGCGUCUUCGCGUUCACCGCAUUCCUCAUCAUUGCGGAGAGGACCGCGCUCAUCUAUUGCUUUGUCUACUAUCUGUGGAUCGGUCACAACUACUGCUACGCUCACCUGGCUGGAUUCACCGCUCUGUUCCUGCUGCCUGGCUGGGGCCCUCAGUGGCUCAGCUACCUGUGGUACCUGUGUGACGGACGGAUUCGUAGAAAGUCUCUGGUGUGGACACAUGUGUUGCACCUCGGCAUCUUCAAAAGGCUGUGGGAGUGCAUGCAGCUUCCUGACCUGGACGUGUACACAGAGAUCAUGCAGCAGGCUGAUGUGUCGGCUCUCCGGCUGCUGGAGGCUCUGCUGGUGACUCUCCCUCAGACUCUUCUGCAGACGUACGUGCUCAUCUGUACCGACAUCGGAAUCAAGUCUCCAGCAUCAGUGUGCUUCGUGGUGUGUGUGCUGUCUCUGGCCUGGGCUCUGGUUCUGUACGCCAGAGCCUGUUCCCUCAUCAGACCUGGCCACCUUCACAUGACGCCCGCCGCCAUCCUGUGUCGACUCUUCUGGAGGGUCGGCAUGUUGGGAUCUCGCUUUGCUGUUCUGAUGCUCUUCACCCGGGUCUUCAAGCAGUGGGUCCUGGGAGUCAUUGGAGUGCACUGGCUGGGUGCUACGUUCUGGAUGGUGUCUCAGCAGACCGACAUUAUCCGCUCCACGAGCCGAUGGAGAAUCUUCAACCUGGUGCUGGGAGCCAUUCACAUUUUCCUCUUCCUCAACGUGAAGUACGGCCAGUCUAGGUAUCGCAUGGCAGGAUUCUACCUGGUCAUGUUUUUGGAGAACAUGUUUCUGCUCUUGGCGUCCUCCUGGUUGUUCACCAUGGUCUCUUGGGACACAGUGGGAAUACCGGCCGCUGUGUUUUGCAGCUUCCUGAUUGGUGUGAUUGCACUGGUGCUGUAUUAUCGCUUCCUCCAUCCCAAAUCCUUUGAGAUCUUCCAGAGUAUCCGACACAGAGGCAUUAGCGGAGCCUGCACGGGACAUGGAUCGAUGCUUUCGUUGGAGGAGAAAGUUGCUCCCACUUUCCCUCGCCACACUACAACACUUUCAGGCGGCGGAACCCUAAUGGAUCUUCCACUUCAGUGGGAAGGCUGGAAGCAUCAUCACUGGCUGCUGAUUCGCUUGGCGCUGAAGACCGGCAACGUGUCAACGAUCUGGUCUGCGUACGGAGAGGGUGGGCUGGCAGGACUGAUGGGUCUCUCUGAAGAAAUCCACUCCCCGGAUCAUCCUCGCCUGCCUCAGGUUCAACGGGCUCCACUGCCAGUGCCACAGAUUCAACAGCCGGCGCCACAGCCUCUGCCUCAGCCUCAGCCACGUCCAGCCCCUGUGAUCCAACCACCAGUGGUGAAGGAGGUGGUCCAGCCGCCCAAGCCAGCUCCAAGCACCGUCAUAGCCCGACCGGUGAGGAAGGCUCCAGUCAGCCAGGAUGUCUGCAUAUUUCCUGAGAUCAUUCCAGUCCAGGAGUUGAUCAUUGAAGAGAAAACCGAAGAGGAGAUCAGCGUUGCUGCGUCAGAUGGGAGAGGUGAGGAGGAGUUUCAAAGUGCAGCAUACGGGUCACCGACACUAUCGUCUCCUCGCCCGGACAGCCUCCGCCACAUCGACAGCAACGCAGCAUCUCUGACGCAGAACACAGAUGCCUCCUCCUCAGUGGGCUCGCUGGACAUCAAGACCCCCGGCUGGUCUCCUGAGCGUCACUCUCCUCUCCUGAUGGCUUCUCCAGAGAAAAAAGGCUCCUUCCCUGGGGAGUCCAACACCACUCUGUACUUUAGCGCUGACGCACAGUCCCCCUCCUCUGGGAGUUACCUGGGCUGGGGCUCCGAGCUGUCGCCCAUCUCCACCUACAGAAGCCCCUACCGCAUCAGAGAGGCUCGUUUCAUCACCUCCACACCACGAGUGGAGCCUCGACCCGAAAGCCCAGUUCUGGCUCCAGUGGUGGUGACUCCAGCAACUCCAGGAACGACGCCGAGGCAGACGCCCGGGGGAACCCCUCGGGCUUCCUCCCCCACUGGCUCCACCCCAGCGGCCUCAACACCUGGCUCCAUGACCCCUGGUGCUACCACGCCCAGCACUCCCAUCGUUCCUCUCACCCCCAUCAUCUCACACGCCAGAAAACAGAUUGUCCAGUUCGUGGACAGUAGGGAGAGAGCAGUGUAAGUGACGGGUCACGCUGGUAAAUAUUUCAGUCACUUUGUUAAUUUGUUCACACACAUCUCAAGAUCCAAAAACCUUUGUCCACUUGUCCAUACUACUCCAAAGAUUCUCAUGCACGCAGGCACAAAUGACUCGUUUAGUUUAAAAACGUUUAAAUAACAUGACAUGAUGAAGCUAUGUCCAGGCGCGAGGAGAAAAAUGAAGUGCUAUUGCUAUUGAGUCAUUGUAGAAGAAGAAUUAACAAGGCUUUUGUCUGAUCUGAAGUCAAAGGCUUCACUUUCCACUGUCUCAUCACUAAAAGGAAAUGGACUCAAGCACUUAGAUGAUUCUGUUUUGAUACCGUGACCGGCCAAUAGCUUCACCACAACUGACUCAUUCCAAAGUUUGUUAUCACUACCCUUUUCCCGCUACUCAUUUCCGGGUUAUAAGCUGCUACUUUUUCACAUCCUUUAAACGGUAAUGCGUGACCAUUUUUACAGGCAAACCAGCAUCAUGCUGCCAAGAUAUUGAGCCUCAUCACAUCAAAUCAAUGAAACUGCAGGUGUUCCAGCAUGUUGCUCUGGGAACAUGAGAGAAAUGGCGGAAACACCAUAAACACACAGACGAAACACCGUGCAUUGAGUGCUUUAAUGUCCAUAAAAUGGCUGUAAUUAUUCUGAGGUGUCUAAUUACACUGGAGGCAUAGUGCACAUUCAGAACAUCGUUGAGUCUGUUCUGUUUCAAAACUUGUUCCAAAGUGAUGUUAUGUAUCCUCAUACAUUCAUGAGUCAGUACCCAGAAAACACUGACCUUUGACAUUUUGAAUAAGUUUCUCCAUUCCAUUUUGAAUGUAGUGUGGACAAGUGACAAAGUCUUGCUCAGAUCAUUUUCAAUAUAGUGGGUGAUGAAGAAAACCAGCUAGACGGAUUCAACAAGUCAGAAGUGAGCUGAGGAGCGUGUACCUUAGAAAGACAUUAGCAUGUAUCAACUAGUGAAACUCACUGCUGGACCAUUCCCUGAAGAACAAGACCACUACAACCAGUUUACAGUUUCUUCUUGGUGUCACCGUUGACUUUGUAAUGUCAGAUACCUAUUAACACCACAUGUUAAGCUUGAUAACGUCUAAACACCAAACGCUACUAUCUUCCAUAUGCUGCUUGUAAAAUGCUUUUUUAUAUUAAAAGAAGAAAUUAUUCACCAUGAUUUGAGUUUAGAAAACAGUGGAGGUGGAAGCUUUUUACUAACCAAAUUAUGACUGACUUUUUAACUCAUCUUUAAAGAUAAUAUUUACUAUGUAUGUUACAGUUCAAUAGCUAAUCUACCAGUACACUGACAGCAGUACAUAUAUAUAUGGUGUAUUAUUUUAUCCAAUUUAGGAGGAUUUUUAAAAUAUUUUUAUUUUAAACUGUUAUAAUUGUUGGACAGCUAUUUCAAAUUAUUUGUUCAGAGCAUUUUUAAAAAAUAUAUAUUUUAUAGUUGUAGGGUUGAUGUAGUAGUGUCCUAAUUUUCAGAGGCCACUAGAUGGUUUCACUGAAUUAGUCGGUCAAGUGUACACAUUUUACUGCAGACAGUGCCAUCUGGUGGAGUCUGAAAAUCAGGACACUGUUUCAUGAAACCUCAUCUACCCAUCACUAGUGAGAAGCUUGGUCAUGUGGAAGAGACUCAAAGUAGAACUGGUGCUCUUCCGCAUCGAGGGUCAAAGUGGCUUGGGCAUGUCAUGCUAAAUGAGACUCAGGACAUGCUGGAUCUGAUGUCUCUCGGUUGGGCAGAGAAAACCUAUGUAUUAUUCCAGGGGAGCUGGAAGAGGUUUCAGGAUAGAGGGAGGUCUAGUUGCUGCCCCCCAAACUCAGUACCCAUCUGUGCCAGCCAUACUUGUUUUAAUUCUUAAUUCAAGUCCAAAUAGCAGCCUGAUGCGCCCCAUGCUAGCAACUGGUGGUAUUAAAGAUCAAUAUAAACAAUAAGAACAGAUAGGUUAUCCUUAUGUUCAUUCCUCUGUGGUAUAUACUGUAUCAGUAAGUAAAGGAAGGUAGUAGCAUAUGUACUCAGUAUUUUAUAAUGCAGAAAAAAGGCUCCUAUGCUAAACUUAAAUCUCAGAGAUUUUUAUUUUCAGACACUUUAUUUCCUCCCAAAAGAAAUAAAUAGAUCAGUAUGCCGAAUACCUUUUUGUAUAAUGCAGAAUUUAAUUGUGCAUUCAAGUAAAAUUCCAUAUUAUAUAUAGUUACCUUGUCCAUACAAUUUUAUUGCACAUCACCCAAUAUCAUUUAUAGUUUUUAAUUGUGUCCUGUUUAAGUUAACAUAUAUGUACGACAUUACCUGGUUUGUUACUGUUUGAACUCAUCACAUUGUUCUUUUUCAAAUGGUUUUGACAGCAGACAUCAUGCACCGCUGCUAGAUGAAGAUGUAGAUGCAUGGCACUGACUCCUAUAGAACUAAAACACAAGCACUAAUUGUUGAAACUCUUUCGCGCCGUAGGAUUGACAGUUGUCACGUUUGAAUGUAUGUUGAGAGCAAAAAAAGCAGAAAAUGACGCUUCAGACUGCAACAAAGCUGUGGCUGUAUUCAUAAUCACAGAUCAGCAGUUCUGUACAGUUUGCUGUGUGCGCCUGAUGUGUCUCACUACUCAGCAAUCAUGUUUCUUGUUCGACUGUUCAACUAGUUCCUGUUUGUUUCAUCUUGAAUGUUUGGGGGAUUUACAGAUUUAAAUGUGCCGUUUGCUUAUCAACUAUCACAGAGGCGCGUCCCUUCAUCAUCACCUUACCUCUGACAGGACGUUGACAGAGCAAACGUGGUGUUAGUGAGGCAUUAACUGUGCUUUGAUGUGACCAAAUAAAAUCAUUGAUCAAGACUAAAGUGUGUCAACGGAUUAAUAAUUCACAGUAAAUUCCAAAAUAAAAUUAAAUCUAAGAGGUUUAAAAUGAAAAUGAAAUGGUUUGAUUUUUGUUUCAGACUUGACCAGGCAAUGAAACAGAUUGUUUUCUUGAUUUCUGACUUUGUAAAGACGAAGUGCUGUCUUCCU